CGUAACCACUCCAAUAAUAAGAUAAGAAUAAGAUGAUGAAAACUUAGCAGUGGCGAAAGCGGCUGUGCAAAGCCAAUGGGCAUACUGAAAGCGGUGGCUGUAAUCUCCGGCGGUGACACCAACAACAACGUAAGGGGCUCUAUCCAAUUCCUCCAAGACUUCAAUGCAGGGGGCGCGGCGACCCUUGUGAAAGGAAGAAUAACAGGCCUGACUCCAGGCCUCCAUGGCUUCCAUAUUCAUGCUCUUGGUGACACCACCAAUGGCUGCAAUUCCACUGGGCCUCAUUUUAACCCACUGAAAAAGGAUCAUGGAGCACCAUCUGAUCAAAAUCGUCAUGCCGGUGAUUUGGGGAAUAUUAUUGCUGGUGCAGAUGGGGUUGCUGAGAUCUCAAUCAAAGACAUUCAGAUUCCACUUAGUGGUCCACACUCCAUCUUGGGGCGGGGGGUUGUUGUGCAUGCUGAUCCGGAUGAUCUGGGAAAAGGUGGACAUGAACUUAGCAGGACUACUGGAAAUGCUGGUGCGAGGGUUGGUUGUGGGAUUAUUGGGAUUCAGUCAUCGGUCUAGGAUGGAUUCCUUGCAUCCAACAAUAACAAUAGAGUUGCUUGUUUUGUAAUUUUCGCAUGUAGUGUGAGAAGUAAAUGGUACAAUAGUUAUCUAUGCUCGCUCCCCAUUUGCCCAAGCGGUCAUCCUUUCCGUUUCUGAAGAUGUUAUAGAGCUGCUUGAUUGUUCAAUUCAUUGGUCCAUCCAAAUGGGAAAAAUAAUAACAGGAAUUGUAAUUAACCCUUCAAAAUAGUUUUUGGCAAACUUAUGAUUUUACUAGCUAUUGUUAUUCUCCAGUGUAUUCGUGAACACACAACCAAAGGCAAUUUGGAGAUAAAUGCUUUGAAAGAA